GCAUUUUUUUCACUUCAUGUUCAGUCUGUUCAGAAUAUUUUAUUCCAAUUUACGUUGUGCUUGCCAGUUGCAGGACAGUCAAAUUACAGUCAGUGACCCCGUACCGUGCUGUCGUUACUGGGGCUGAAGAAUCCUUUCUUCGUACGGAGCUGAGAAUUCUUGCCACUUUGGUUAGCAUUUGUUUCAUAAUGGCCGAAGAAGCUGAAUUGGACUGGGCUAAUCUUUCGAAAUGGAAGGUUCCGGACUUGAAGCGGGAGCUGGCCAACCUAGGCUUGCCAGUCAAGGGCAAGAAGGAUGAGCUGGUUGCAAGAUUGGAACAGCACUUGACUCAAGGUGAUGAUGAAGCUGAUCUGACUAAUGACAGCGGUACUCUCCCUGAGGACCUUGGAGAGGAAGAAGAUGGUGACGUUGCACAGCAGGCGGAGGAAGAGGAGAACGCAACGGCUGCGGCCGACGAGGAUCAAAGUGCCCAGGAUGAUGCUACCGAUGCAGCAGCACCAGCUGAUGCGUCCGGCGCUGAAGCGACAUCCACUGUGCCUGACAGCACUGGGCCUAAGAGUGUUGCAGUUCCUUCAUCCACUACUUCUGACAAUCUCACCGAAGAAGAGAGAAAAUUGGAACGUGCCAAGCGCUUUGGCGUGAAGUCAGAGGACACACGCAAAGCAGAGAGAGCCGAACGCUUUGGCUUGAAUGCAGAGGAGAAGCGGAAGGCAGAGCGGGCCUCCCGGUUUGGCCUUCCCGCAUCCGCUGAUGACAAGAAAGCGGAUCGAGCCAAACGAUUUGGGGCGUCCGCAAACGGGCCAGCAGCUUCUUCCACCGCCAGUUCAGCUGAUAUUGACAAGCUGAAGAGCAGAGCAGCACGUUUCGGAGGCGAGGUCACCUCGGCACGAUUGCAAAAGGCGACAGAAACAGAAGCAAUGAAGAGGCGAGCAGAGCGUUUUGGACCUGCUGACACUGUAGAGGCAAAGAAAGCUAAGAGAGCUGACCGCUUUGGCUCACAGUAAGCGUGAAUGUGUGUGUGUGUGUGAACAUGUACCCGUGGCUAUGCAGUAGCAAGAGCUUCAGCAGCACUGGCAGCUACAGCAGAGAAGCACCUCAACUAGUACGAUGUCCUCGGGUCAUCAAGGUGUCUUUCUGCAGAUGGCCUUCAGCCACUGUCUUGACAUGCCUAUGCGUACAUCUCUUGUAUUUGUCCUUCUAUUCGUGCAGAUUUUCACGCGUUCGUGCUUUGAGUCGAACAGUGCUCACACUGCAUACAAUGAAUGCCAUGUAUUGGAAUUUGAAAUAUUGUAUUCUGCUCCAUUCUCUAUACGAACUGGCAUACAUGCUGAUUGUGUGUGGCUGUGUAUCAGUGUGUGUGUGUGUGUGGCUGUGUGCGUGUGUGUGGCUGUGUGUGUGUGUGUGCGUGUGUGUGUGUGUGUGUGUGUGCGUGCUUGUCCUCUAUAGCCAGUCCAUAGGUUUCGUUUAUAGUGUUAGUCACCCAAUGCAUUUUUUUCUUUCUCUUUCCUCAAGGCAAAUGCCUCUGUAGAAGUGCUCAUUGCUCUUAUGUGAGUGGGUGUCGUGUAUGGUGUGUGAGCGCUUGAAUGACUCUGCAGUGCAGGGUGUGAAGCAGUUUCUACAUGCAGUA